AUGACAGAGCUAUUAAGACACCCGAGAGUCAUGAAUAAUGUGCAAAAUGAAGUCAGAGAAGGCAAACCACACAUAACAGCAGAUGAUCUGGAGGAAAUGCACUGCCUUAAAGCAGUGGUCAAAGAAACUGUUCGUUUGCAUCCUCCUAUCGCAUUACACGGACUUGAAGCGAUCGAAGAUGUCAGACUAAUGGGUUAUGACAUUCCAGCCGGAACACUGGUUAUUAUCAAUGCUUGGGCAAUCGGAAAGGACCCCAUGUCAUGGGUUGAACCUGAAGAGUUUCAGCCUGAGAGGUUCUUGAAUUCAUCUAUAGAUUUCAGAGGGCACGAAUUUGAAUUGAUUCCAUUUGGAGCUGGCAGGAGGGGCUGCCGAGGGACCUCCUUCGCAAUGGCCACCAAUGAGUUUGUGUUGGCAAAUCUCAUGCACAAGUUCGAUUGGGCAUUGCCUGGUGGAGCCAAGGUAGAACAUCUGGACAUGACUGAAUGCUCUGGUGUUACAAUCCGCAGAGGAAUACCUCUCCUUGCUGUUGCAACUCCAUGUUCUUGCUACUGUAAUCUGUGA